GAAAAAUACUCUCAUUCACUAUUUUACCAAUCGGGAAGAUCCGAAUCUUCCCUUCCGGACAUUCGGACACCAAUGCCCAUCCGACGCCUAAAGACUCCUCUCACCUUGAAAAACAAGCACAUAAACUCUCGGGCAUUCCGAAGACCAAGACCGAAUCUUUCUUACAUUUCAACCUCAUUUCGCCAAGUAAACGCCCAGAAAUUCUCACCCUCGAUUCUCCGGGGAGCCUUCUUCGAAGCCAUACUGGUUGGUGGGUACGUUCAGAUCGUUGGAAUUUUGCCGAAAGAUCAGUUAAAGUUCCGAGCUUGUAGUUGGUUUUUGGCGAAAUGGUGAUGUCCGUGGCGUCUCCGAGGAAGGCGACGAUCAGGGAGAGGGCGUUCCAGAGAAAGGCGCGCGAUUUCUUCAAGGGCGGCGACAAGAGCGGCGGCGACUCCCGUCGCAAGAGGUCGUCGCCCGAGUUCGGGGGCGAUGACUUCGGGGAAGACGAGGAUUGUAUGGAGCUUCCGCAGAUUGGCGCCGAGAGGACGAAGAACGUCUUGAUUCUGAUGAGCGACACUGGUGGUGGCCACCGAGCGUCGGCGGAGGCUAUUCGUGACGCCUUCCGGUUGGAGUUCGGGGAUGAGUACAGGAUAUUUGUGAAGGAUGUAUGGAAAGAAUAUACAGGCUGGCCUUUGAACAACAUGGAGAAAUCAUACAAGUUCUUGGUGAGGCACGUACAGCUGUGGAAUGUUGCUUUUCACAGCACAUCUCCGCGAUGGAUUCACUCCCUAUACCUCGCCGCAAUUGCAGCUUACUACGCCAAGGAGGUGGAGGCUGGUCUAAUGGAAUACAAGCCAGACAUCAUUAUUAGCGUUCAUCCUCUGAUGCAGCAUAUUCCUCUCUGGAUUCUCAAGUGGCAAAACCUUCAGAAGAAAGUCAUUUUUGUGACUGUAAUCACGGAUCUUAACACAUGUCAUCGGACAUGGUUUCAUCCUGGAGUAAAUAGAUGCUACUGUCCUUCACAAGAGGUAGCCAAAAGGGCUUUGCUAGAUGGCCUUACGGAGUCCCAAACGCGCGUUUUUGGCCUCCCUAUUCGGCCAUCCUUUGCACGUGCAGUUCUUUCGAAGGAUGAGCUUAGAAAAGAAUUUGGGAUGGAUCCAAAUUUGCCUGCAGUCCUAUUAAUGGGAGGGGGUGAAGGGAUGGGCCCGGUUAAGAAAACUGCAAAUGCAUUAGGAGAGUCAUUGUUUGAUCAAGAACUUGGGAAGCCAGUAGGGCAAUUGAUCAUAGUAUGUGGCCGUAACAAAGAACUUGUAUCAACAUUAGAAUCUGAAGAGUGGAAGAUCCCCGUAAAGGUACGAGGAUUUGAGACCCAGAUGGAGAAAUGGAUGGGAGCUUGUGACUGCAUAAUAACAAAAGCAGGACCUGGCACGAUCUCGGAAGCAUUGAUAAGAGGCCUUCCAAUCAUCCUCAAUGACUACCUUCCUGGACAGGAAAAGGGCAAUGUUCCCUAUGUAGUGGACAAUGGAGCCGGUGUCUUCACCAGGAGUCCUAAAGAAACGGCCAGAAUCGUGGUCGAAUGGUUCACCACCAAGACGGAAGAACUCAAGAAAAUGUCAGAAAAUGCGCUGAAACUGGCGCAGCCUGAGGCUGUCUUUGACAUUGUAAAGGACAUACACGAGCUUGCAAGCCAACGUGGGCCGCUAGCCAGCAUUCCUUACGAGCUAACAUCGUCAUUUUCCACCCUGAUAUAAGUACAGCAUCCACCUUUUCCUCGAUGCACUUCAAGUUUACUCUCCUAGAAUCCCAUGUACAGAUGUAAUAGAUGCGUAGUUUUCAUUCUUUUGCCUGGGAGGCCAUUCAUGACAUAAGGUGAGUAGAACAGAGUAUCUGCUCUAAAAGCUCUAGAUCAGCUUGCAAGUCAUUGAUGUUUUACUGAGGUCUUUCAGAAAGCAUCAUUUUUUAGGAUAGGAUUGCCAGAAGAUGAUGUCGAAAGCUCUUGUUGUGAUGCUUUUUGCUUUGCUUGUAAUGAAAUCUCUGUACCAUCUGGAUUGCCCAAGUUCCAUUCACCUUUGUGCUAUAAUGUGAACAUUGCACUUUCG